UCCCGCCGGCAAGUACGCUAUAAGUUGUCAAAUCAGAAAGCUAUUCCUGUAUCUAUCUUAAACAAAUAACGUUACAACGGCGACCUCGAUCCGCAUCACCAAGAAUCCACGAGAGCAGUUUGCCAUGGCAUCGCCCCAAACUCCCGAGCUCUUGGCAUGCCUCCUCGUCGUCGUCGGCACCCUCCUCCUCCUCAAGCAACUGCUCGCGCCAAGCAAGAGACGCUCCGCCUCGGCCUCACCCUCCAUCCCGCGCCCGAGGGGCCUGCCUCUCAUCGGCAACCUCCACCAACUCGGCGCGCUCCCGCACGACUCCCUCGCCGCGCUCGCCGCCAAGCACGACGCGCCGCUCAUGCUGCUCCGCCUCGGCUCCGUGCCGACGCUCGUCGUCUCCUCCGCCGACGCGGCGCGCGCCGCGUUCCAGCACAACGACCGCGCCAUGUCCGGCCGCCCGGCGCUCUACGCGGCCGCCAGGUUCUCCUACGGCCUGCAGAACAUCUCCUUCGCGCCGUCGGAGGGCGCGUUCUGGCGCGCCGCGCGCCGCGCGUGCCUGUCCGAGCUCCUCGGCGCCCCGCGGGUGCGCGGGUUCCGCGAGGCCAGGGAGGGCGAGGCCGCCGCGCUCGUCGCCGCCGUGGCGGAGGCGGACGCGUCCGGGGCCGGCGCUGCCGUGGACCUGAGCGAACUUCUCCUCGCCGCGAGCAACAAGAUUGUGCGACGUGUCGCCUUCGGCGGCGACGACGGCGGCGAAGGUGGCGCGGAGGCGAGUGCUGUCCUCAAGGAGACGCAGAGGCUUCUUGGUGCCUUCUGGGUCGCCGACUACGUGCCGUGGCUCGGGUGGCUGGACGCGCCGCGUGGCCUGCGGGGGCGUCUGGAGCGGAACUUCCACCAGCUCGAUGCGUUCUACGAGAGCGUGAUCGACAGUCACCUGAAACGGCGAGCAUCCUCCUCCGCCGACGAGGAGGAGGACUUGGUCGACGUGCUCCUCCGCCUGCACGCCGACCCGGCUCACCGGAGCACGUUCAGCAGUCGCGACCAGAUCAAAGGCAUCCUCACGGACAUGUUCAUUGCCGGGACCGACACGUCGGCGGCGACGGUGGAAUGGACGAUGACGGAGCUGGUCAACCACCCGGACAUCCUCGCCAAGGCGCAGCACGAGGUUCGCCGCGUCGUCGGCGACAGCGACAUGGUCCGGGAGCCCGAUCUCCCGGGCCUCAGCUACCUGAAGCUGGUCAUCAAGGAGUCCAUGAGGCUGCACCCGCCGGUGCCGCUCCUGGUGCCCCGGGAGACCACCGAGCCAUGCACGGUCCACGGCUGCGAGAUACCGGCCGGGACGCGGGUGCUCGUCAACGCGAAGGCCAUCGGUGCGCACGCCGGCGCGUGGGGCGCCGACGUGGCGCAGUUCGUCCCCGAGCGGCAUGAGCACGGCGGGGACCUCGGCGACUUCAGGCCAUGGCACGACAACUUCUCGCUGGUGCCGUUCGGGAUCGGGCGGAGGAGCUGCCCCGGCAUGCACUUCGCGACGGCCGUGGUGGAGGUGGUGCUGGCCAACUUGCUCUUCUCCUUUGACUGGAGCGCGCCGCUCGGCAAGGUGGACGCUGAGGAGGAGAACGGGUUGACAGUGUACAGGAAGAACCCUCUCAUGCUGUUUGCUAAACCACGGAGAUGCGUCUAGUACUACGAUGUUUGUGAUCUAUGUUCAGCAAAUAAGCGUUAUCUUGAAACAGUCAACAUAUCAGUUUUGCUGUUUUGA